AUGGCUCCUGCUCUUGCAAAAUUUCAACCCUACAUAGGUCAAGAACCACCUGAUGAAUACUUGGAUAAGGUUAUUCAGUCGUGGGCAUAUUUUGAAGAGCAUAUGAUAGUUCUUGAAAAUGCAAAUGCAGGAGAUUUUAAUGAUGCACUUGAAGACGAAGUGAGAGAACUCAGAAAUCAGAUCACUCACAAAGAUAUUUCCUUUAAUAAUAUCAAAGCACAGAAGGAGUUAAUAGAAAUGGAUUCUUUCAAAUGUAAAUUAGAACUUGAAAAUGCAGAACUAUCUACUAAAAAUAUUUACUUAGAUCUAAAGAAAAAAGAUUUAGAAGAUAUAUUAGCUAAAAAAAAGGAUGAAUUAGCGCAGAUGAAAGAUAAUUUAGUCACAACUCAAAGAGCAUUGAUAGAGAAAGACACCCUCCUUCAAGAAGCA